CACAAAUGUGAAAGAACAGCGUUCAGAGAAAAUUUUCUUCAGAUGUUACUUUUUACUUGUUCUAAGAAUCAAUACUAAAAAGGGCUCGUGCAGGUAGAUACAGAGAGAAAAGGCUCAUAUGUGUUGAGAAAUUAAACCAUCAUUUGGAGAAAGCCUAGCGAGCAAAGAUCAAACUUGUGCUUUGAUGUUUUUUACUCUAUACGAUACGUACCGGCGUCUCGCCUGUCAACAUAAAAGCAACAUAUUUUCAACAUCUUUUGCGUCUUCAAGCCACUAGAAUUAUCUUUAUUUGCAGGAAGGAAUAAYCCAUGAAAAAUAUAAAAGGUAAAAGUGAUCAUGACGGGGAUGAACUGUGAUGUCCGCUUUAAUACGCAAAUAGUAGUUUUUAUUCUGUUGAGCUACGCGUUCUUCAGUAGUUGCAGCGGACCUUGUUGGUCUGAACUAUUCGGCGAGCCUCACCACUACAGCUAUUCAGGGAGGUUUACUCAUGGUUUCAAAAGGUACUGGGCUUCACUGAAGUGGUUUAGUAUUCCUGCAAGUCUUGGGUUUGCAUACAUUUGUUUUCAACAAUAUGGUCACAUUAAAAAAAGAGAAAAAAAUAAAAUUUCACACAGCAACCCGGAGGAGCUUCUGGCCAAGAACUGGCAGGUUGCACUUUAUAGAAAAAUACCAUCAAGAGCCAUGUCACGAGCAUUUGGUCAAGUAAUUAAUAUCGAUUUGCCAGAGUGGCUGAGAUGGCCUAUUAUUGGAUUAUAUUGUUGGACAUUUUCAUGUAAUUUAGAUGAAGCAGUUGUUGGAGAUAUAAAAAGUUAUCCGAGUGUAGGAGCAUUCUUCCGUAGGGAGCUUAAACCAGAAACAAGACCGAUAAAUGUGAACUCUGAACUGACAAGUCCUUCAGAUGGUGUUGUACURCAUUUUGGUAAAGUGGAGGGUAAUGAAGUAGAGCAAGUCAAAGGAAUAACAUAUGAUAUGACAACAUUCUUGGGACCUGGACAUCCACAUGAACUGGACUGCACGCCUAAAGAUAAAACCUGUCUGUAUCAGUGUGUCYUAUACUUGGGUCCUGGGGACUACCAUUGCUUYCACUCACCAGCAGACUGGGAAGUCAAAUUAAGAAGACAUUUUCCAGGUGACCUGCUAUCUGUUGGCCCCAGUAUUCAAAGACUUAUCAAAGGUUUAUUUAAUUAUAAUGAAAGAGUUGUUUUAAGUGGUACUUGGAAACAUGGCUUUUUUUCUUACUCUGCUGUUGGUGCUCAUAAUGUCGGAUCAAUCUACCUUGAUUUUGAGCCGGAAUUGAGAACAAAUCUGAAAGGAAAAUAUAUCCCUGGAGAUUAUGGUGAAAAGCUGUUAUCAGUAACAGAUAAUCAAGGAGUUUGUCUAAAGAAAGGUGAAAAGAUGGGAGGCUUCAACAUGGGUUCAACUAUUGUGCUCAUCUUUGAGGCACCAAAGGACUUUGUAUUCACUGCAGAAACUGGUCAGAAAAUCAAAUAUGGACAGCCUCUUGGCUCAUUAGGAAAUGAGUAAAAAUAAUCAUCUGAGAGAUAGAUAUUGUUGGAAUUGAAACUAUUUUAGAAAUAGAGAAUAUUGAAAAAAUAUGUUUCGUAAAGCAUAACAGACGAGGCUUCACACCAUGACAUGAUAUCAUGUGAUAUURCAAAGUUUCCAUCUAURGUAAUUUUCAAUCACCUCUCAUUCCACUUCAAAUCAAUUGCGUGGUAUUGUGACUUAGUAGGUACUAUUGUAUUGGGUGGUGGUUGAUACUAUUCAGGUUAAUGAUCCAUUGAAAAAAUAUGAAUAUGCAACUAAAAUGCCAUUMUUCUCACUCAACUAUUCAUUCAUCUUUAUUGGAAAAUGGCUGACAUAUUGGAAUAAAUGAUUGUUUAGUAGAUAUUGCUUGAAUGGAACUAAACCAUCAAGUGCUCACACUAUGUCUGUGAAAUAAAACAUAUAAAUCUACUAAAAAAUAAUUUUUAUUUAGUGAUUAUUAGUUACUAUCAUUCAACUGGAACAACAAUAGACAGAUCUUAAUUGACAUUAUCCUUCAUUUAUUACAUUAUUACAUUACAUUAUAAAAACAUGGUUUCCCUUGCACAUUUGCUAUUGCUACUGAAGCUGUUCCAGCUAAACGAUAGUGACUAACGGUCACUAAAUAAAAACUAUUUGUUAGUAAGUAUAUUUUAGGUUUUAUUUCAUGGAGAUAGUGUAAGCACUAUAUGUGAAAACUGGUCAAAAGUGUUUUAUAAAAGUUCAUAGAAUAAAAAUAUGUUGACCAUUGACAAAUUGAUUAGYCAAUUUACAUAAUAUAGGCACGUUUGUUUGGUGUACAAAAGAAUAAAAGUCAAUUUAGUUGCAUA